GCUACACGCCCGCAGGCGGGCGCAAACAGCUCGCACGCUGGACAACGAUUCACCUUGAACCUUUCCGCAACUUAUUUCCAUCGCUUCGGCCGCGCAAGUGUCUAGACCAGCACUCAUGAACUCGGAGCAAGCGGUGCCGCGGACGCGAACCCAUCGCGCGUUGCUGUCAGACGAUGUGGUCAGUACAGUGCUGUCGUUUCUCGCGCCGGAGGCGGGUCGGGCCGUGGACCCGGCGUGCAAAAUGUACCGCGAUUUGUGGCGACGGCGGUGCAGAGGCUUGUUCAGGGUGCAUCGCUCGCCUGUCGGAGAUUUGGUAUUCAGCGAACAGGUGAUCGCGUAUGGUGACGGCGCGCUCGUCCCAAACUAUGGAUUUGGUGACACAGACAGGUGUCUGAAGACGUAUUCGGCGAGCGGAGAUCAUAUAUCAGAUCUACUUGUGGGCACCCCUCGUCCAACUGCAGUGGCCCUCCGCGGAGAUGGCACGGCGUGGAUUCUCCUACAUAGCUCAUGCUUAAUUGUUUGCGCGCGACUGGAUGACCCCACGUACUCAUCCGAAAUCAUGGAGAUCGAUCCAGAGCGUUUCUAUCCCGAUCAUGAAAAUGUGGUAGAUUGUAGGGUCUGCGACAUCGGCCUUGCUGGUGAUAGGCUCCUUAUUCUAACCGAAACUUUGGCUGAAAAUGAACCCGAGCGAUUUUCAAGAGUUCACGUGGUGGACGACAGAACGGGAGCGCUUUUGUACCAAUUUCUCACGUCCCUAUCGAGACACGAAAAUGCGUUAUUUGCGGUUCAGGAUGACAUGCUUUACAUCGCUGGCUUUGCGACCGACGCCAUCCACAUAUAUAAUUGGCGUCGCGGAUCCGCGGCAGGCCUCAUCCGACUCGGAGGUGACCUCGCGUUCAGGAUGCCAUGGGGCGUCGCGGUCAGUGGCAAAAUGCUCUAUGUUUCUGAGCAAGGCGACUCGACUGAGGACGUCGCUGGCCGAAUCUGGAUCCUGCGCCUGCCCGAUGAUGUAAGCUCAAAUGCGACCGUCGUGCAGGUUAUCCCUUCGCCGGACGGCAAGGAGCUUGGCGGCCUUUGUCUGAACGGCGGUCAGCUGUGGUGUAUGGGGCCCGACGAGGCGGCGACUCACAUGCACCUCCUCGGGCCUUGUUAUUAA